GUCCACUAUGACGAUCACCUACAGCUGCAUCGCUAACGGCCGAGCAGUCCUCGCAGAGCUGGCCCUGACCGGCGGCUCAUACAAGGAAUCAGCAGCAGCGGUGCUCCGACAAGUGCUUCUGACAGGUGAACCAGAGUCCGUCACUCAGAUGGGAAGCUUUGUCUACCAUACUCUCUCUGUCGAUGGGAUCACUUAUCUAUGUGCUACAGACAAGGCCUUGGACACGCUAAAACCAUCUUCAUUUCUUAAAAAUGUGAAAUACAAUAACAAUGAAGAUGACAGCUCAAUAUUCACACUGAAGACUCAAGAAUAUGAUGUAAAAAGUGGUGGUAAAGUUUUGCAAAGUGAAAAAAGACUGAAUAUCAACACGAAUCAAGCAGAUGAUACUGAAGCAAUGAUGCCCAGAAGUGGAAUUGCUAGAUCAUGCAGAAGUUCUAUUCUUAAUUUUUUGAGAAAUAUAAACCUGUUUUCCAAAAAGUCCGAAGCAGAUAAUAGUCUCACCAACAGCCAAAGAAUCCCAGAAAACAAAGAUUCUUAAGAGGAUAUGGUGGAAACACUAUAAAAAGAUAACAAGCACUCUGGCAAUUUUCCUUUCAAUCAUCAUCGUUCUUUUAAGUACAAAAGUAAUUCCAACCUGACCUUUCUCCCCACCC